UGUAAUAUACAUGCGCAUUUUACCUGUGUGGACAAGUACGGUCACUAAAUGAAAAUAACCUGAUGAAAAAUAAAUAAAAGGCAGUUUGUUCUGAAAACGAUGUUUUUGGUUAAAAUUUAAAAGUGUCCUCUUUCUGGUCAUUUUGAUAAAACUGUAGCAGUUUCUGUGCAGCACAUAGAGGCCACUUGGGGCUACAUUUAGAAUUUUACUCAUAGAUAGAUCUAGUAAUCUAGACCUUUUACUUUUAGUUUACUUUUACUAAAAUUUACCUAGUCGAAGAGUGGAAGAGUCUUUCACUGACACUGAGAAUACCCAGAAUACUGAGAUAAUAAAUAUAAACAACACAUUUUACCCACAUUUCUAGCAAAGGCUAGCCUACUCACUGGUAUUCCUUAGUAUCAGUACUUAGUGCUAGUGAUUUAGAAUCAUCAUCAGUCUACUCCACAUAAUUAGAUCUACUACUCCUUCUGUUUGGACUCUAGUCACUCUAGACAUCUAAAAACCAGUCAAAUCUACUAGUGACUUCGUCUACUCACCAACUUGACGAACAUGAUGUGGAUAUAGAAUAGAUCUAAAUACUGUCUAUUCUAGUCAAUCUAUAUCUAAUAAACUAGUUAUAAAUCAGACACUUCAGUUAUAUGUGUAGUACCUUCAGUAAAUCUAAAACUGAUGUCUGAAAGAAUAUUAAUUAUUAUUUCGAUGAGAAAUCAACAUCAGACCAUACUGAUACAUGUGCCACUGGUGAAUUGAACUACAAAAUACUAUAUAAAUUGUUGCCUAAUGUCUCAUCGUUCUCACAUCUCAUUGUCCGUUGACUCAAACAUGGCAGGCUCUUUGCCUGAUCCCUUUAGUAAAUUAUUUCCAAACAAGGAAGAGGACAGUACAGAAACUAUUUAUGAAAAUAUUGAUGUUGAGUGUAGCACCCAUAAUUGCAUAGAAAAUGGAGUACCCCAUGAUCUUGACAAGUCAUCAAAAAAUGUGGAUAGGCAACAAAACAUUUCCAAUUCCAAAUGCUUAGACACUUUUAAAAUUGAAUCUUUGGUCAAAGACUCAGAUAAAAAUACAAAGACUUUACUCAAGUGUAACGGAAUCUCACACAGUGAUCAUAUUUCAGGUGAUAGCAGCUAUAUCAUCAGCUUAAAUUCUUGCUCCAAGGAAUCCUUUCCUACAGAAACUUCAACAGAAGUAUGCAAUUGUCAUAGUGAUACUAUAAAUCCUAAUGAGAUAAAUAAGCAUUGCAAUAAAACUGACCCUGCAGAUUUAUCAGUUGAAGAGUUGCAGUUAAAUGAGAAACAAAUUCUUUCAGUGCAUCAGGCUAACCGUUCUGAAGUUGAUAUUUUAUUGACAGAACUAGAAAGAACAACACCCAGUUCUGAUGUUAUAGCUGAGAACAAUUCAGGAUCAUGUGUGAUAACAUAUGAAGUGUAUGAAUCAGAAAAACAGAUGCCUGAUAUUAUGAGGCUUAUAACAAAAGACCUGUCAGAACCUUAUUCAAUUUAUACAUACAGAUAUUUUAUCCACAAUUGGCCAAAGCUUUGUUUUUUGGCUAUGGCCAAUAAUGUUUGUGUUGGUGCCAUCGUUUGCAAGCUGGACUUGCAUAAGAAAAUGGUGAGACGAGGAUAUAUUGCAAUGCUUGCUGUGGAUUCUGAGUACAGACGAAGGCAAAUAGGUUCUUCUCUUGUAACUAAAGCAAUUGAAGCAAUGAUUCGGGAUGAUUGUGAUGAGGUUGUGUUAGAGACUGAGAUAACAAACCAGGCUGCUCUUCACCUGUAUGAGAAUCUGGGCUUUGUCAGAGAUAAACGUCUCUUUAGAUACUAUCUUAAUGGAGUGGAUGCCCUGAGGCUGAAGCUCUGGUUGCGGUGAUAACGAGAAAUGUGAUUUUUGUGUCAAGUAAAUAUGGGAGUGAUUAUAGUGUGUGAUUAUCUCAGCUAGUAGUGAGAUCUUCAAAGCUCCAUCAAAUUGAUGGAUGCUGGAUUCAACAUUAUUUUGUGCUUAGAGGCUAUCAACAUUGUCCUUUUUAUUUUAAAUGUUAUAAUUAUUCAAAGAAGUUUAUUUUAAGACAAUUUUGUAAACAAAAUCUGGCCAUAGGCUUUAGAUUGGUUCAACAAAUGUGCAAAUAGCUCUUUGACUUGCCAUGCUUAUUCUUUCAAACCUAUUGUCUAGUUAACCCAAUAGCACCUAUUUAAAGUUUGAAAAAUUAUAAGCAACAAGAGGUAACUCUAAAUUAAAGAACAUUCUUUAAAAAAAAAAUGAUUACAAAAAAAAAGUUUAAAAUAUAAAAUGCUUUUAUUCCUCUGGAAUAAAGCUAAUUUCUAAAAGGCUCAAUUUCUUGGGUUGAUACUUUUUCCAUU